AGGGUUUCCAAAUAUUAACGCGGCCGUGCCACCGCGUUUUUGGGUAAUUACCACAAUACCCUUUCCCCUUCUCUGCUCUAAAACGAGAUAAACAAAAAUUUGUAGUUAGCGCGUUUCGAACCCUUGUUCUCUCGGUUAAACGCGAAUUUGGUCUGGCGUUUUAGCCAGUUGGGCUGCUGGCCCUCAUGCGUCAAUAUUAUAAUCCCGUAUAGUUUUAUUCAUUUAAAAUCCUUAAUACGAAAUGUAGAAUUGCGGAUUAAGUAUAUCUCGUUUCUUUUCUAAUACAUCAAAACUCCUCUUAAUAAUUGAAAUUAUUACAUUAUCUUUUUAUAAUUUCAUAAUACCAACCUAAAUUUUACUAACAAUAAAUUUUGAUACGAGAACCACGACCAGUGGAAUGUGGUAAUAACUUUACUUAAAAUAUUCAAAGUCCUAACGAACUACGUGGACUUUGAUCCCGUCUAACGGGUACGUAGGCAACCGAUAAGGUUCGAGUCCAACUAACCAAUUAACUUUAUCGUUUACGUCAGUGGGCGUAUAAUUAAAUUACAACUAAUAUGAUUAAAUCAUUAAAUGGUCCAGUGGGACCCCUAAAAUUACAAAUUAUUACUAAAAAUACACCCAACUCGUAUAAAACUUAUCGACUUAAGUAGUACCGAUUUAGGGCGUUGUGGGGGUGUUGCUUAACUUCCCUACACGUAACCGUACUCCCGAACCCAGAACUUCAUUUUCGCAGACCAUAUCUCGGUUCUGACCCUAAGGUUAGAGCCGAUCCUAAGAGUGUUCGAUCCACUCCAACUAAGAUCGAUGGCGACUCCCAAAAAUGCCGACGCGACGACGUUCGGACCCCCCGGACGGGACGGUUGCGACAGUUGGCGACUCCGCUGGGGAACUUCGAGAGUCGAGCUACAUAACUAAGUUCGAUAAGUUUUCUAAUUUUCUAUUACGUGUUGGGUGUUUACUUUCUUAUUUGCGCAAUUAUGUUUUCGCAAUUUAAUUCUGCAUUCAUGCAUAAAAGCUCUAUACCCGAGCUAUCCUAUUAGAAACGGAAAAGGAGUACCGUGACUUUCACAGUGGUGGUAGUCACGCAAAACUUUCCAACCAAGUUGAACUCAGAUCCGAGGAUGAUCUUGAGGUAUCCAACCAGUUCGUAAGGGCUAUGGUAGGAUACAACUUGGGAGCCAAAUCCUUAGGAAUUCCUCUGCCAGCAUAUAGUAAGCAUCGAGGCCUCCCUAAACCGUCCAAAAUAAUCCCGAAACAACCCUAGAACCGCGUCAUUAUGCCCUCUGAAAGCCCUAAGUUUUUCCCAAAUAGGGUUAUGUUCUUAUUAUCUAUAUGUAUGUUUUCUACUGACGUGAUAAUUUGUGGUAUGUUUUACCAAUCGCGAUAUAUUUAUUUGUGAGAACAAUGUGAAUUUUUCUUUUCUUCUUUUAAAAAAAAAAAAAGAAACUCAUAAGCAUCAUUUUGGGUUUACGCUUAUGCAUUCAAAAUAAAUCAUGUGGACAUUUUCAAAAUGCACGUGCAUCCAAUGAAUCAUCUGUGCAUCUGUGCAUCGCAUAAGCAUCAUACAUACUCUCCAUCGUUCAUUCAAGUCAAUUUAAUAAAAGUAAUUUGUCAGGGUUCCUUAAAAUUGCUCGUCCACAAGGAAAAAAUCAAGACUUCAAGUACUUAACUAGAUCCAAGCUCGAGGUCGUCAUGGAUGCAUUUCAAAAAGAGUUGAACGACAUCAAAGGAAAGCUGACCGGGUUUGACGAGAAGCUGGUGGGGUUCGAUGAGAAACUAACGGGCUUCGAUGAGAUGAAAAGCCAGCUCAACACAAUAGUGAGCAUAUUGUCCAGAAAAGGGAAGGAGGUUGCAACGAACGAGGAAGAAAUCGUAUUUGAUGACGACGAUCACUAUGAGCAACCUCAGGGAAACGUCUCAGGUAGUAAAUUCAUUCUCAUACCUUCGAAGAACACAGGCGAAAAAGGUGAUAUUGGGUCAUCAAAGCAUGACAAAUCCGGAGAACCCGAGAAGCAAGAGGAACAUAAAAUUGAAGCUAUGCUAGAAGAAAAAUUAGAACACAUGAAUGAACGAAUAAGAAGCAUAGAAGGAGUUGAGUCGUACGAGCCUAUGGAUGCAUCAAAACUAUGUCUAGUCCCAGAUGUCGUGAUUCCUCACAAAUUUCAAAUGCCAGAAUUUGAAAGAUACAAUGGCACCACUUGCCCAAAAAGUCAUCUGGUCAUGUACUGUAACAAAAUGGCCAACCAUAUUCGAGAUGAAAGACUAAUGGUACAUUGCUUCCAAAACAGCCUGAGUGGUUCUGCCCUACGAUGGUAUAUGCAACUAGAGAAAACAAAAGUAAGAAGAUGGCAAGACCUAGCAGAUGCAUUCAUGAGGCAUUACAAGCAUAACCAGGAUCUGGCUCCAGACCGAGAAGAUCUUAGGAAUAUGGAAAAGAAUGAGAAAGAGUCUUUCAGAGAAUAUGCUCAAAGGUGGAGAGAGAAAGCUGCAGAUGUUCAACCUCCUCUGUCAGAAAAAGAGAUGGUGUCAAUCUUCUUCGGAACACUAAGGGCUCCAUACUACAACAACAUGGUCGGAAUUACGACAACCAACUUUGCGGAUCUGCUUGUAAUCGGAGAGCGAAUAGAAAAGGGUUUGAAGCAAGGUCGGAUGGAAACUCCAGAAGCCUCCAAGAAACCACACCAGGCCCGAAGAGGAGAAGCAGAUGUCCAUUAUGCUCAAACAGAAUCAUCUAGAGGAAGAAGGUGGGAUCAUCAACCUCAGACCAAUCAAGCCCAUCCAUGUGUUGCAAAUGCUGCAAUAAUUAAUCAACGUCCAAAUUUUCCUACUCAACGAGCCAUCCAGAGCCCGACACGAGUCGCACCACCACCAAAUAACCAAAACCAGAAUAAUUAUGAGAGGUUCAGGAAACCCAUCCAAAUCGAUCCUAUCCCUAUCACGUACACUGAACUUUUCCCUCAGCUAAUUCAAAGUAACCUAAUCUCCCCAAUACCAUGUGAACCUAUGAAACCUCCUUAUCCAAAUUGGUACAAAACAGACCAACAUUGUGCUUACCACUCAGGAGUAGCGGGACACUCGACUGAGGAUUGCAGAUCGCUCAAGAUCAAGGUCCAACAAAUGAUUAAUACUGGCUGGUUAAAGUUCGAAGAUGAGCCAAAGCGUCCAGAUGUCAACAAUAACCCACUGCCAACUCAUGGGAAUUAGUAGACAUACUACAAGGCAAAGCUCGAUUUAAGGAUGAUGUUGAUCCUACCUAGUAAAUAAAAUAUCGAGAUAAUUUGCCUUAGCAAAAUAUGUAUCACUUCUGCUUUUAUCAUAAUAAAUAAAAGGUCUCUCACGUUUCGACCUCUUUGGAGCAUUGUGUGACCACUAUCAAUCUAAAUUUAAGAGUUUGCAUCAAUGUUUUUAUCAAAAUAACGAAUGCCACUUCGGAUUCUUUUUUUAAAACAGAUUUAUUUUCUCAAACAUGAAAGCCAUCAAAAUCCAGUUUUAUUUUCAAGCUAAGCCAUGAGAUUUUCAUGCAAAGAAAAUGUGAGCACCCCACUGGUGCUGAGAUUUGGGACACCCCACUGGUGUCGAGCGAUUAUAAACACCAUGCUACCAUCGAUAAAUUUAGCACCCACUGCGUUGAGAGUGUACGUGUUUCGCUAAAAUCAAGGGAUAAACACCCUACUGGUGUCCAUAAAUUAUGUGAGCUAAUAGGAAAAAGGUGUAAUGAGUAUACGACAUCAUGCUACUUGUAGAAUCUCGACACCACUAUAGUCGACUUUCGCCAACGGAUUGACAUUCAGUUUACAAGAAGUCAAAUGGUCAAUCCCGAUGCAUAGGGAGCCAAAACAUUAGCAUCAUACCAAGAAAACCCUCACAAGUGUCUAGUGACAAGAAGACCAGGAAGUUCAGGGAUCCCAUUUAUCAAAACCCAAGAAUCACACGAGUGAAGCACUCAUCUAUACAAACAAGCGCAUGGUAUCAAAAUCCUCACUUCUAUAAAAAGAAUAGCCAAUUCAACCUAGCUCACGAGAAGUGACACCCACACAAUCAAUCAUCAAAAUGGACUCUCGAUCCUUUCAAUACUCGUCCCACCAAAGACAAGCUCCAGAUUAAGAAAGAAAAAGCAUAGUCGGGGGCCUGACAGAGUCAAGUAAGUCCCACACGCAAAAAAAAAAAAAAAAAAAAAAAAAGCGAAAAGCAAAAAGUAAACAACAAAACAAAAGCAAAGCAAAGCAAAAAAAGACAAAAGAAGAACAAACAAAAUGUCGUGGGACUUACAAUCUGGGUGCCCCCGGUUUAGCAUUUGAAGUACCGAAUACCGGCACCAAGUCAGGGUCUUAGCAGAUCAAUCUCAAGAUACGACAAGAAGGACCUUCAAACAGUAAACUAUGAUGAUAAGAAAGUCGUUCUAGCCAAAACCUAUCAUCCAAAGUACUCAUCAUUUUGAGAGAAAGCCAGAAGCUGAAAAUCCACAACAUUCAACAUUUAGAGGCCAAACAAGGACCUCGACAAGUCCCAAGCCAGAUUGCAUUCACGAAAAUCACAGCCUCGGCUAGUGUAAAAUACUGGGGGGCAAAUCCAGUUGAAGAUACCUUCUGAGAAAAUCCACCAGUAUUUUCGAACAAGACUUUGUCAGCAAAAAGAUCCAGAUAAUAAGUGGUUCUUAAUCCAUCAAGUCAAUCCCAUACUUUGGGGGCAAAUCCAAAAUCCCUCUUCAAGAAGCUUUAUACAGAUAUUGUCGAACUACACCUCAAGAACAAGGAGACUCGUAUCCUCAAAGUCAUAUCGGACAAAAGCCUCUUUCAUGGGAGACUAAAAAUGUCUGCGACGAAUCCAUAUGGAGGCCUCCUAAUUCGUUCAUACCAAGGGUUUCCAUGUUUGAGUUAAUCUUCACAAGGAAAACAGUUGGCCACAACAUAAAGGCGACGUCUCAAGGUGACUAGAAUCUUAAUGGUAGCUGAAGUGUCGUACACUCAAAUCACCUAUAGGAAUGAGUGAUGAGCGAAAUCCAAAGCGGGAGUGAGAGCGAGUAAAAUCAAAAGCAAGAGUGAAAGCGAGGGCUUACUGAUAUUCUCAUGGCUUGGUUUCCACUUCUCUUAUUAAAAAGAAAACCAAAUUUGGCAACGUGACAACUACCACAUAAAAACGGUUUUCUCGAGUUUGCACACACUUCUCAAAAGCAAAGUCUUGACAUGGCUUUCAAUUUUAAUUCUCUAAUAAACGUUUUUCAAACAUUUUUGCUUUCGUCUUAAAUCAAGAUUGAUAUAGUCACUCUUUGUUCCGAAGAAUAGAAAGUGAGUAACGGAUCUUCAGGGGCAAAAAUGGUCCAACAUGGAAGAAGGGGAAGUCUGAUUACCCAAGAAUCGGAUUAAUCAACUUUUCACGCAUGAGUUGAUGGGAAAAUCUCAGGGAGUCUGAAAACAUUCAGAUCUCAUUGAGCCAACCAGCCAAUCGAUUAUGCUUCAAAUGCAUAGCAAGAAAGAAGUCCUAUUAUACCGCACUGACAGAGAAUUAUACGACUCUGAAACAUGUGGUCCCAUACCUGGCCGAGAAGAAGGAUAAAGCAAAGUACACAUCAUCACUUCACCUUACAAAGCAUAUCAUCGCACAACUACUACCAAGAAAAUAAAUUCAAGACAACGAGUUCAAAGUCACUCCAACAUAAAGCAUGACCUAAGGAUCGAGUCAAUCGAAAGGAAAUGACGAUUCCUGGAGGAUGAGCAAUUUAAAGGACCCCAGGUUAAAACACAAAAUAAAAAUCAAAGCAAAAACAAAACAACAUAUUUGCUUACCAAUUGUAAAUAUCAUCGUUUUGUCAUUUUCACUCAACAUUCAUGACUUCACCAGCAUGACAUCAUACAUAACUAUUUCAAUACCCACUGCAUAACAUCAUCAUACGUCAAGGUGACUUGCUAUGCAUCACGAUCACUUCCUAAAAUUUCUAAAAUAUCUUUCUAAAUGUCCAUGAAAACCUUGUUAUGCGAAAUACCACUACGCAUUUACCAAAUGUUAGCUUGAUCUUUAUCGCUAACGCUUUCCUCAUUGUUCUAUUUGAUUUCUAUCAUAGACAAUUUGAGUACAAUAUCAUUUACAAAAUCGUUAGCUUGAUCUUUAUCGCUAACGCUUUCCUCAUUGUUCUAUUUGAUUUCUAUCAUAGACAAUUUGAGUACAAUAUCAUUUACAAAAUCGUUAGCUUGAUCUUCAUCGCUAACGCUUUCCUCAUUAUUCUAUUUGAUUUCUAUCAUAGACAAUUUGAGUACAAUAUCAUUUACAAAAUCGUUAGCUUGAUCUUUAUCGCUAACGCUUUCCUCAUUGUUCUAUUUGAUUUCUAUCAUAGACAAUUUGAGUACAAUAUCAUUUACAAAAUCGUUAGCUUGAUCUUCAUCGCUAACGCUUUCCUCAUUGUUCUAUUUGAUUUCUAUCAUAGACAAUUUGAGUACAAUAUCAUUUACAAAAUCGUUAGCUUGAUCUUUAUCGCUAACGCUUUCCUCAUUGUUCUAUUUGAUUUCUAUCAUAGACAAUUUGAGUACAAUAUCAUUUACAAAAUCGUUAGCUUGAUCUUUAUCGCUAGCGCUUUCCUCAUUGUUCUAUUUGAUUUCUAUCAUAGACAAUUUGAGUACAAUAUCAUUUAUAAAAUCGUUAGCUUGAUCUUUAUCGCUAACGCUUUCCUCACUGUUCUAUUUGAUUUCCACCAUAGACAAUUUGAGUACAAUAUCCUUUACCAAAUCGUUAGCUUGAUCUUUAUCGCUAACAUAGUCCUCAUUGUUCUAUUUGAUUUCCAUCAUAGACAAUUUGAGUACAAUAUCAUUUACCAAAUCGUUAGCUUGAUCUUUAUCGCUAACACUUUCCUCAUUGUGCUAUUUGAUUUCUAUCAUAGACAAUUUGAGUAAAUCUCCUUACGAAAU